AUGGGCGUUACCAAAGCCCGUACCCCGGCAAAGCAGGCAGCGCCCAAAGUCCAGCCCCUACCGGAGAAGACCUUCAUCAUCGAUAACGGCGCGUACACCAUAAAGGCAGGAUACGCUCCAGCCAAACUCACACCACAAAACGAAGACGAUGCGCUUUCUGCAUGCGCAACGAUUCCCAACGCGCUCGCCAAAACACGCGAUAACCGCGUCUUUGUCGGCGCUCAGCUCUCCACACACAUCUCCGACUGGAACGAGGUUGUCUUUCGCCGUCCCGUGGAAAAAGGGUAUAUAGUGAACUGGGAGGCUCAAAAGGAGAUCUGGGAGCAAGCUUUCUUUGAUGAAAAGACCGUUCGGAAUAAAGAAGCGCGCAUCCCAAACCCCGAAGAGACGACGCUGGUUCUUACCGAUACGCCCAAUGGUCUUCCCGCUUUGCAGAGAAAUGCAGAUGAAAUGGUCAUGGAGGAAUGGGGCUUUGGUGGCUAUGCGAGGAUUGUUGGAUCGACGAUGAAUGCAUGGAACGAUAUACACUCUAUUUUCGGAGAUCCUACGGAAAGCACAGGAACAGAACUGAGCCCAGCUGAAUGCCUAUUAGUUAUUGAUUCGGGAUAUUCCCAUACAACUGUCACGCCUGUUUAUAGAGGCCAACCGCUUCAACGUGGUAUCCGCAGACUAGAUUUAGGAGGGAAACAUCUUACCAACUACAUCAAAGAAAUGGUUUCAAUGCGGCAAUACAAUAUGGUUGACGAAACACAUAUCAUGAACGAUGUCAAGGAGGCGGUAUGCUAUGUGUCUAGUGAUUUCAUAGGUGAUAUGGAGCAGGUGCGGAGAGCGACAAAGGCCCGUGGCCAAACCCAAGCAGCCGAGGGCAUCGUCGUGGACUACGUCCUUCCAGACCCCAGCGCGAACAAGAAGGGCUUCGUCCGCUCACAUGACCCUUUGAUAAAUGCAAAGAAGCGAAAGAGCUUGCUGUCUGGGUCUGGUGACUUAGUGACCGAAGACUUCCUUGUUCUUGGUAACGAACGAUUCACCGUCCCCGAAAUCCUAUUCAACCCCUCAGACAUCGGAAUGAGGCAGGCUGGCAUUCCUGAGAUUGUUCUGGAGAGCUUGUCAGUUCUGCCAACAGGCCUUCAUCCUUCUUUUCUUGCCAACAUCCUGGUUGUUGGAGGAAACGCCCUCAUUCCGGGAUUCAUAGAGAGAUUAGAAACCGAAGUUCGUCUGAUAGCGUCUGCCGAAUGUGUUGUGCGAGUGCGAAAACCAAAUGAUCCCAUCCGUUCAACAUGGUUGGGAGCGUCACGACUAGCCACAGACCGCCAGGAACUGGCGUCCGUUGCAAUAACAAGACAAGAGUAUCUCGAAUAUGGGUCAGCAUGGGCUGGGAGGAGGUUUUCCGGAUCUGGUUGA